GUGGUUUCUUUGCUGCAUCGUAUAUAUAUGUUAUCUAGAAAGGGCAGACUUAGAUCAUCAGUGCUUUCUUACUAAUGCCUGGAAUCAGAAGCUGUAUUGUAGAGAUGUGAAACUGCUUGGGAGAAGAGAAGGUUGCUUUGAAUUCUGGAUAUUCUCAGACAUUAUACAGGACAAACCUGUUAGAGCAUUUGUCUCCUGCCUCCAUUUGCUCUGUGGUUGGGAUGAUGUGCAUGCAUGGUGGGUUUUUUUGUUUCGUCUUUUGUUUUGGUUUGGGUUGUUUUUUAACCUCUAGCAUUUAAGGAUAUUUAAAGAAGAGACUGUAGUCUUCAGGAUUCAGCAUUUGCUUUGCCUCCGAUGCAGAAGUCUCUGCAGUGUGUGCUCUUCAGAAUGAAAUAAGUUGAUGGAAAAAUAGCUAUAUUACAGAGGAAGGUUUCAUGGAUUCCAGGAACACAGAUUUCAUGCAUGUUGCCUGCUUGCUUUGACUAAUACGGUACUAGUCUGUUUGCUGCCAAUGUGUAUGUCUGUGUCAGGUGCCUGAGGAUGCAUGUAACUGUGUGCUGAGCCUGAAAUCUAAACAUCUUCAUUUCAUGUUACUUGCUUGUAAAGUGGCAUUUAAGGAUAAUUUUUAUACUUAGAACAAUAUUCUGGUUCUGAAAGCUUCUGAUUUUGUCUGUAAAGAGGGUUAGAGGGGCUACAUUUAUAUAGCAACAACGAUGUGUGGAUUGUAAAAAGAAACUUAGCAGAAUUUUGUCAACAUACUCGUCAGUGUGGCUCUCUCUGGUUUAAAAGAGAAACUACCCCUCCAACCAAGGAAAUAUGGCUUUUCUUGUUCGAUGUUACGCCAAUUGUCUGCAGCCAUGGGCCUCCAAACUUCCAGCAGAUCUUACCAAGAUGCACCUCACGGACAACCCUCAUCCACAGGUCACUCAUGUGACUUCUAGUCAGUCUGGCUGUAGCAUUGCCAGUGACUCUGGGAGCAGCAGUUUAUCCGAUAUCUAUCAGGCUACAGAGAGUGAAGUAGGAGAUGUAGAUUUAACCCGUCUUCCUGAAGGACCUGUUGAUUCUGAGGAUGAAGAGGAGGAGGAGGAAGAGAUUGAUCGAACAGAUCCACUGCAGGGUCGAGAUCUUGUCCGGGAAUGUCUUGAAAAGGAACCUGCAGACAAAACUGAUGAUGAUGUUGAGCAGUUACUUGAGUUCAUGCACCAGCUACCUGCCUUUGCGAACAUGACCAUGUCUGUAAGGAGAGAGCUCUGCUCUGUCAUGAUUUUUGAAGUAGUAGAGCAGGCUGGGGCUGUUAUUCUUGAAGAUGGGCAAGAGCUUGACUCGUGGUAUGUCAUUUUAAAUGGCACUGUAGAAAUUAGCCAUCCAGAUGGGAAAAUUGAAAAUCUCUUCAUGGGAAAUAGUUUUGGAAUCGUGCCCACUCUGGAUAAGCAGCACAUGCGUGGAGUUGUCAGAACCAAAGUCGAUGAUUGUCAGUUUGUCUGCAUAGCCCAACAGGACUAUUGGAGAAUUUUAAAUCAUGUUGAAAAAAACACCCAUAAAGUUGAGGAAGAGGGAGAAAUCGUCAUGGUACAUGAGCACCGUGAGCUAGACCGGAGUGGAACUAGAAAAGGACACAUCGUGAUCAAGGCGACACCUGAGCGUCUCAUCAUGCAUUUGAUAGAAGAGCAUUCUAUUGUGGACCCAACUUAUAUAGAAGAUUUCCUAUUAACUUACAGAACAUUUCUUGAAACUCCUUUGGAUGUUGGGAUCAAGCUUUUAGAAUGGUUUAAGAUUGACAGCUUAAGGGAUAAGGUGACCCGGAUUGUACUCUUAUGGGUAAAUAAUCAUUUUAAUGAUUUUGAAGGUGAUCCUGCUAUGACUCGAUUUCUAGAAGAAUUUGAAAAAAAUUUGGAAGAUACAAAAAUGAACGGUCACCUCAGAUUACUGAACAUCGCCUGUGCUGCAAAGGCUAAGUGGAGGCAGGUUGUACUGCAGAAGGCGUCCCGUGAGUCCCCGCUACACUUCAGCCUCACGGGAGGCAGCGAGAAGGGAUUUGGUGUCUUUGUAGAAGUAGUGGAGCCUGGUACCAAAGCUGCUGACGCAGGACUGAAACGGGGUGAUCAGAUAAUGGAAGUCAAUGGGCAAAACUUUGAGAAUAUUACGUUUGCUAAAGCCCUUGAAAUUUUGAGGAAUAAUACUCAUCUUGCACUUACUGUGAAGACCAACAUUUUUGUGUUCAAAGAAUUGCUCAGUAGGACUGAACAAGAGAAAUCUGGUGUCCCUCAUAUUCCCAAAAUUGCUGAAAAAAAAAGUAAUCGUCAUUCUAUUCAAGAUGUCCCAGGGGAUAUUGAGCAGGUGCCACAGGAGAAAGGAAACAAGAAAAUUAAAGCAAAUACCGUUUCAGGUGGAAGAAAUAAAAUCAGGAAAAUUUUGGAUAAAACAAGAUUUAGUAUCUUGCCUCCAAAACUAUUUAGUGACGGAGGCCUGAGUCAAUCACAAGAUGACAGCAUUGUGGGAACCAGGCACUGUAGGCACAGCCUGGCUAUCAUGCCAAUUCCUGGAACACUGUCAUCCAGCAGCCCAGAUCUCUUACAGCCUACCACUAGCAUGUUGGACUUUUCCAAUCCUUCAGCUGUUGGUUUUUACUAUAUUCCUGAUCAAGUUAUAAGAGUUUUCAAAGCAGAUCAACAAAGCUGCUACAUUAUCAUCAGUAAAGAUACCACAGCUAAAGAAGUGGUCUGCCAAGCUGUACAGGAAUUUGGUUUGACUGGUGCAUCUGACACAUACUCUCUCUGUGAAGUUUCUGUUACUCCUGAGGGUGUUAUAAAGCAGAGAAGACUUCCGGACCAGUUCUCCAAAUUAGCUGAUAGAAUUCAACUCAAUGGAAGGUAUUACCUAAAAAAUAACAUGGAGACAGAAACAUUGUGUUCUGAUGAAGAUGCCCAGGAACUACUGAAAGAAAGCCAGCUCUCCAUGCUGCAGCUCAGCACCAUCGAGGUUGCCACCCAGCUGUCAAUGAGGGACUUUGAUUUGUUUCGUAACAUUGAGCCUACUGAAUAUAUUGAUGAUCUUUUUAAAUUAGAUUCCAAAACAGGAAAUACUCACUUGAAACAGUUUGAGGAUAUUGUAAACCAAGAGACAUUCUGGGUUGCCACAGAGAUUCUAAGUGAGUCAAACCAGCUGAAAAGAAUGAAGAUUAUUAAACAUUUUAUUAAAAUUGCCCUUCAUUGCCGAGAAUGCAAGAAUUUCAAUUCCAUGUUUGCAAUAAUAAGUGGCUUGAACCUGGCACCAGUAGCACGACUCAGAGGCACCUGGGAAAAGUUACCAAGCAAAUAUGAGAAACACCUUCAAGAUCUACAAGACCUUUUUGAUCCAUCUAGAAACAUGGCAAAAUACAGAAAUAUUCUUAGUAGUCAGAGCAUGCAGCCUCCAAUUAUUCCACUCUUCCCUGUUGUCAAGAAAGAUAUGACAUUCCUUCAUGAAGGAAAUGACUCCAAAGUAGAUGGCUUAGUAAACUUCGAGAAGCUAAGAAUGAUUGCCAAGGAAAUCCGUCAUAUUAUUCGAAUGACUUCUGCUAACAUGGACCCUGCCAUGAUGUUUCGCCAGAGGAAGAAGAGGUGGCGGAGUCUGGGGUCAUUGAGUCAAGGCAGCACAAAUUCUAACAUGCUAGAUGUUCAGGGAGGGGCUCACAAAAAAAGAGCACGCCGCAGCUCACUGCUGAAUGCCAAGAAACUGUAUGAAGAUGCCCAAAUGGCAAGGAAAGUGAAACAGUAUCUUUCUAGUCUGGACAUAGACACAGAGGAGGAGAAGUUCCAGAUGAUGUCACUGCAGUGGGAGCCUGCAUAUGGUACCUUGACAAAGAGCUUAACUGAAAAAAAGUCAGCCAGAUCAUCUGAGAUGUCUCCUGUGCCGUUGAGGUCAGCUGGCCACACAGCUAAAGUCCACUUGCACCAGCCACACAGAGUGAGCCAGGUGCUUCAGGUGCCAGCAGUUAACUUGCACCCCAUCCGGAAGAAAGGACAAACCAGAGACCAUGUGCUGAGUACAAAUUUACCUCAGAAAGGUUUAGGACCAACUGAAGAAGUGAGUGGUAAGAAACACACAGAAGAUACUAUUUCUGUAGCGUCCUCUCUACACUCUAGUCCUCCUGCAUCUCCUCAGAGCUCCCCUCGCAAAGGUUGUACACUCACACCAUCAAGUAAAUGUGACAACUUAUCUGACUCCAGCCACAGUGAAAUCUCCUCUCGGUCCAGCAUUGUGAGCAAUGGUUCUGUUGACUCCAUGUCGGCAGCUGGACAGGAUGAACGCUGUUCGGCCCACAGCCUAGCAGUUCCUGAGCCCACCGGGGCAUGGGAAAAGACAGAUCACCCUUCGGGGAUCUCAGACCACAGUCAGCUUGCUCACGGGUGGAUGCUGUCAAAGCCAUCUCUUAUCAAGGGCGUAGCCGUCUCGUCUUCUCUGAGCAGCGAAGAGAUGUCUCAGGAGCAUGUUGUGCUGGAGGCAGCUGACAGUGGUCGGGGCAGUUGGACAUCCUGUUCCAGCAGCUCCCAUGACAACUUCCAGAGCCUUCAGAAUCAAAAGAGCUGGGACUUUCUGAACUCCUACAGACACACGCAUCUAGGCGACCCUAUUGCUGAAGUUGAGCCCCCUGACUGUGAGCCCUGCGCCUGUCCUAAAGGUUGCUCAAGAACUUGUAGCCAGUGCAAAGGCAGCCUAGAGACGAACCAGCUGAGGCAGAGUUGGGCCUCAUCCAGCUCACUGUCUGACACGUGGGAACCAAACUACGGGACAGUCAAGCGGAGGGUUUUGGAAAGUACACCAGCAGAGGCACCUGAUGGCUUGGAGCCCAGGGAUACCAGUGACCCCGUUUAUAAAACUGUCACUUCCAGUACAGACAAGGGCUUGAUUGUGUACUGUGUCACCUCACCCAAGAAAGGUGAUAGGCAUAGGGAGCCACCUCCCACUCCUCCAGGAUAUCUGGGAAUUUCCUUAGCGGACCUAAAGGAAGGAUCCCACCCGCACCUAAAACCUCCAGACUAUAGUGUGGCAGUACAAAGAUCAAAGAUGAUGCUUCUUAACAGCCUGUCUAGACUGCCGCCAGCUCCUCCCAGUAGCCACACCUCGGCCUGGGUUCCCUCGAAGAUCGGAUCCCAGCCUCAAAGGCAUAGCUUGCAGCCGUCCCAUCCCAAACUAGCAGAUGUGGCUGAUGCAGAUAGCGAAGCAGAUGAGAAUGAGCAGGUGUCAGCAGUCUAGCCUUUGGACGGCGCCUUGGAGACCACUGGAAGUCAGGACCAUGGACAAGAGCCCGUGGGUCUGCAGGCCAAGGCCAACAGCUCACUGCUGCCACUGAUGCUGAGAUCUCCACACUGGGCUCUGAGGAUGGACUCUUCUGAGUCGUGCUUCCUUUUGUUAUGUCCUGCAGGUGCAGUUUCCUGAUCUGGGUGUUGCACCUGAUCUCAGCCUAAACUUUGCACAUCACUCCUGCCUUGGGACCACGUUGAAGCUCAGAAUUGUCCCCUGUAUAUCACUAUAAGUUUUUUCCUUUCGAGAGUCGUUUUAAAGAUAGUGGUAUUAUUAUUAUUAUUUCCAAGCCAUAGCUUGGGCUAAAAGGACACAUUGAAAAUGUCUGCCAAUACCAAGGAUAGUCUUGUGUGUUUGAAAAGUAACUUAUUAUUUGAAGUAUUGUGGUUUUGUUUGUAUUCAAAAGCUCUUGUUAGCGGUUAUUUGUCUUAGUCUAUAAAGCUGUGUGUGGUCUGAGCAGCAGGUACGGAGAUGUGGCACCAUGGUAGCAGGCACUCAGGUGGGAACUGGACCCCUAUACAGGUGUAGUGCAGGCAGGCAGCUCGUCAUGAUGGCUACAGCAGCCACAGGGUCUUAGCAAUCUUUCGGAAAGGAGAGCAGAGUGGGAGUAGGAAGGGAGAACUCUAAUUUCCAAAGAAGGAAAGAACAUCAUGUUGCAUCCAAUUAUGAGGAUACUACAAACCCACUGGCAAUGGCUUCUAAAGAGUUUUCUUUCUAUAGAAACCCUAAGCUAACAUUUCACAAGUGUGGAAAUCCUAGUUUAAAAGAAAUAUUGUAGGAGCUGGAGAGAUGGCUCAGUGGUUAAGAGACGUCUGCAGAGGGCCCAGUUUAAUUCCAGCACUCACAUGUUGGCUCACAACUGCCUGAAAUUCCAGAUCCAGGGGAUCGACACCCUCGUCUGACCUCCACAGGCACUGCAUGCAUGUGGCACAUAGACAUACAUGCAGUCAGAGUAACCCUAUACAUAAAAAAAUAGUAAAAAAGAGAAAUACUUUUUAAAGUAUCAUGGAAGCAAUGGUGAAGGUGUCCUUGGCUUGUGCUGUGGCUUGCAGCACACAGUCACAUGUGCAAUCAUUGAACUUGAGCUUUGAGCCCUCCAAAGAGCUCAGUAUAAGAGGGAGAGAGACACUAGAACACUGGAGGAGACAUCCAUCCUGGAAAGGACAUCCGUGUGACCUCCUAGACAUGGCACUCUUAAGUAUAUAACUCAAAUUCAUUGACUGCUUACUAAAUUAAGUGGACUUUUCACUUUUUUACAAAUUAAGUAUAACAUUUUGUAUAUAUAUUUAAACGUUUUGAUUUGCUUCUUAAUGUAAAGGCAAGUAAGAUUUCAUAAACUUCUGUAAUUACAAAAAAAGCCAAAGCCAUUGACAGUGCACUGACCGUGACAGCUUUGCUCCAGAGCAGUCAUGUGACCAACCGCCUUUUCAAGUUUGUACUUUCCCCUUGCUCUCUCUUCCUGUUUUUCUGCCCAGUCACUUGUCAGAACAGUUCCAAAUGUAACAGUAUUAUGUCUUCCCACAGAAUGCCUGUCUCUAGGAAACAUAAUGGCUGAGGAAUUCCCCUGGAGAAACAUUAACCCAAAAGCCUUAGACAUGAGCCCAGGUGCCCUGCAGUGCAGUGCAGUGAGGCACGGCCUCGCUGACCCUUUAAGUGCAAGGCAGCCUGAGUGUUCGCUGCAGCUUGACAGCCAUGCUUAACUGAUCUGGCCUAUGAACUGUGCUGUUUUCUGAUUGUGAAUCUUUUUAUUCACCUAUUUGCAGAUUGUUUUCACGUCCAAAACAAAAGAAAUAUUUUUGCUAUAUCCACCUUUUUAAUCCAAGUUUGGGUACUCAUUGUCACCAUUUUCUAUCCAUUGCUCCAGAAAAAUGUGCUCUUUGCACAGCUUCUGUUUAUCCACCAGGUCUUCAAACAGAUGGACCCUUGCCUGCCUUGGUCCUUAAAGCUAUAAAUGUCUUGCACAGAGAGUUAAGGUCUGUGGCUCUGAACCUGCAUUGUGUAGCUGCCUUGGUUUUAAUCGAGCUUUAUCUGUGAGUGCUCACCAACUGAUCAUAUUGAUCAGAAUAAAAACCAAAUGCUUUGUAGUUUGAUGUAGAUGAGUCCCUGAAAAAAAUCAUGUCUGCCCUUUUUUUACUUUGUCAUGUGACUAGAGCAAGGGAAGCCUUAAAGCCCAUGCUUGCUCCAGUCUCAAGCCCCCAUUUGUCCUUGUUCUAAGUGUGCAACGUUACUAAAACGACAGUGCGCAGCACCUGCCACGACUGUCAGAGCAGGAGACUGUUAGUGCAGAGUUUUGCCAAAUAAUAAAUUUCAACAAAAUCUCAUAGUAAACCAUUUACAUUUAGAGAUGAGUGAUUCCGGCACUGCUUACAGCAAGAUUACUUGUGGUCACCAGACCUGAUUUCCUCUAAUUGAUGUCUUUAUAAAUGACCUUUGGGGAGAAAAAUCCUUCAGAGCGUAUUCUCGAGGGUGACGUGUUGAUUACCUCCAUGAUCUCUGCCAAGCUGGGACAGCAGCAGUGACCAUAGGACACAAUUAUAUACGUGUAAUACGUGAUUGUAGGACUACAAAGAAAGGAAAAGGGAAAAAGUUUUCCUUAAAAUUUUAAACCGUGAUUAUUUGGACUUAAAGGACUCGUAGGCAGUGAGUGUGCCCCGGUGGCAUCUGUCGCAUGCUAUGAAGGGGGAGGGGUCAUCCGAGAUGAAUCAGGUACAUUCUCAAGUCAAAACUUGAGCCCCAAUCAUCUUUAGCUUUUGUGUUGUUUAAAAGGUCUCUUUAUUUUUAUUGUACAGAAUGAAUGCAGUUGAACUUGAUAGAUGUUUUAAAAUCGAAAUGUGAGUUUAUCAAAAACAAAAGCAAAAUUGCACAGUUGCUAUGAUCAAGUGACAAUUAUCUGCACAAUUCAAUGAUUGUAAGGCAUCCUGUCACAAGCAAUGUUGUCUCCUAGUUUUUGAUGCCUCUUAAACUUAUGUCUUUUAGAAAGACAGUGCCUCUGUAUGCUUUGUAUUUUUACUGAGUGUAAAUACUUGUUAUAUUUUGGUUAAAAAAUGUAAGGGUAUCAUUUAUUACCACAUCUCCUAAUACAUCAGAACCAAUAAAGAACAUGUAUUAACUGUG